AUGUCCACCCCCACCCUGGAGCCGCGUUACAAGCUCAUCUUCACCGUCCCUCACUCAUCCCUCGAAGCCUGUAAAUCCGCCGUAUUCGCAAAAGGAGCUGGCAGCUACCCCGGCGGCAAGUAUUCCAUGGUCUGCUUCGAGGUACCGGGCACGGGCCAAUUCCUACCCGGCGAGGGUGCGGUCCCGAAUAUUGGCGCGGUGGGCAAGUUGGAGAGGGUACCCGAGACGAGGGUGGAGGUGCUGUGCGUGGGAAAGGACGUGAUGACCGGAGCGGUGGAUUCGUUGAAGAGGUGA